GACGGGGCCGCUCCUCCCGCCGCCGCCGCCUGACGGAGCGGUGGGACCCGGCCAGAGGGGCGGCGGAAGCCCGCGCUGCAGGCUCGGCAUGGCGCUGCGCGCCGACCAGGUGAGCCUCAUCGGGCAGGUGUUCGAGUCCUACCUGCUGCAGCACCACCGGGACGACAUCCUCAGCAUCCUGCGCCAGGGGGACGACGAAGCGCACUAUCCGGUCCUCGUCGACGCCCUGACGCUGUUCGAGACCAACAUGGAGAUUGGGGAGUACUUCAACGCCUUCCCCAGCCAGGUGCUGCCCAUCUUUGACGGAGCGCUGCGCCGGGCGGCCAUGGCGGUGCUGCAGGCUGCCACGCCAUCCCCGGAGCUCCGCAUGAAGCCCAACCUCCACGCCAGGAUUUCAGGUUUGCCCGUUUGCCCAGAACUGACUCGAGAGCACAUUCCUAAGACCAAGGAUGUGGGUCACUUCUUGUCUGUCACUGGGACUGUCAUCCGUACCAGUUUGGUGAAAGUGCUGGAAUUUGAGCGGAGCUACAUCUGCAAUAAGUGCAAACACGUUUUUGUGGCUAAGGCUGACUUUGAGCAGUACUAUGCUUUCUGCCGUCCAUCAGCCUGCUUGAAUGAAGAGGGCUGCAACUCAACCAAGUUCACUUGCCUCUCUGGAACAUCCUCCUCUCCUACCAGCUGCAGAGACUAUCAAGAAAUCAAAAUUCAGGAGCAGGUUCAAAGACUGUCUGUCGGAAGCAUCCCUCGUUGCAUGGUGGUUGUUCUGGAAGAUGACUUAGUGGACAGUUGCAAAUCUGGAGAUGACAUCACAGUGUAUGGAGUGGUAAUGCAGAGAUGGAAGCCUUUCCAUCAGGAUGCACGUUGUGACUUGGAGCUUGUUUUGAAAGCCAACUACAUUAAAGUAAAUAAUGAGCAACUAGCAGGUGUAAUAAUUGACGAAGAAGUCCGCAAGGAAUUUGAAGACUUCUGGGAAAAGCAUAGGAAUAAUCCCUUAGCAGGGAGGAAUGAAAUUUUGGCUAGCUUAUGUCCUCAAGUGUUUGGAUUGUACCUGGUGAAGCUGGCUGUAGCCAUGGUGCUUGCUGGUGGUGUGCAGAGGAUCGAUGCUACAGGAACUCGAAUCAGAGGUGAAUCGCAUCUUCUGUUAGUUGGAGACCCAGGAACAGGGAAAUCUCAGUUUCUCAAGUAUGCAGUAAAGAUUACACCACGGUCUGUGCUUACUGCAGGAAUUGGAUCUACAAGUGCAGGUUUGACAGUGACUGCUGUGAAGGACUUUGGGGAGUGGAACUUGGAAGCUGGAGCGCUGGUGCUUGCAGAUGGAGGCCUUUGUUGUAUUGAUGAGUUCAAUAGCAUCAAAGAACAUGACAGAACCAGUAUCCAUGAAGCAAUGGAGCAACAAACCAUCAGUGUAGCAAAAGCAGGUUUGGUAUGUAAGCUUAAUACAAGGACAACCAUACUGGCAGCAACAAACCCCAAAGGCCAUUAUGAUCCUACUGAGUCUGUCUCUGUCAACAUAGCUCUUGGCAGUCCCCUGCUGAGCAGAUUUGACCUGGUCUUAGUGUUACUAGAUACAAAGAACGAGGAGUGGGACCGCAUCAUUUCGUCUUUCAUCUUGCAAAAUAAAGGUUGCCCUAGCAAAUCAGAAAGGCUCUGGAGCAUGGAGAAGAUGAAAACCUACUUCUGCCUUAUAAAAAGGAUACAGCCAAAGUUGUCUGAUGAGAGCAACCUGAUCCUUGUACGCUAUUAUCAAAUGCAGCGUCAGAGCGACUGCCGGAAUGCUGCCCGAACCACCAUUCGCUUGUUGGAGAGUUUGAUACGCCUUGCAGAAGCUCAUGCCCGCUUGAUGUUCAGGGAUACUGUGACUUUGGAAGAUGCUGUAACUGUGGUAUCAGUGAUGGAGUCUUCUAUGCAGGGAGGUGCACUUCUUGGAGCCAUCAAUGCCUUACACACCUCAUUCCCAGAAAACCCAAUGGCACAGUACCGAAUGCAGUGUGAACUCAUAUUGGAGCGACUGGAGCUGCAACAUCUUCUGCACAAGGAGCUACAAAGACUUGACAGAUUACAAAAAGGAAAUUCUUGCCAGUUACAGCCUGAAGAGACAAGCUUCAGUGCUACUACAGGAUGCUUGAACAAAAAUACAUUUGAGUCAAAGCAAAAGUCUCAGUCAGAACCUUCAGAUCAACAAAAGAUUGACUCCUGUCCACAGCCUUCUUUGCCCAAAAGCAAUUUUGAAGGAGAUGAACACCCAGAAACCUUAUGCAACCCAACACCUGGUAAUAACAUAGGUACAAAACGCUUGCUUAACCUUAACAAGAGAGGUGAUGAUGGCAGCCUGGGAUGGUUUGACAGCCUGGAGGACAGAAACACUGAUGCUGAAGAAACUUUUUGGAAGACAUCUCCAGAUAAUGUGGCUUUAAAAUCCACAUCUAAGCCCUCCUCUUCAGAGGAAAGAAAUUCUUCAAUCCCGAGGAGAGAAAAUGAAAUAAGAGGGUCACUAACAACUGUUACUCUGUGUGCUUCUUUGGAGCAAGACAAAGGUUCUGAGAUAAGCAGCAAAAGGACUGAGGAACACAAAUGUUUUUCUUCAGAAGCAAACAUUCACGACCCAACAUCAACAAGUGCCAGUAUGCAGGAAUCAGUUAUUACACACCGGGUUUCUAAAAGCCUGCAGAGGCUGCACGCAGAGAAAUCACAUGGAUUCUUUACUAGCACACAGAACUCUGAAGCAAAGGCCCUUCCCUCAGUAUUACCUGUGUCUGGCCUGCUGGAUCUUUCAAGUGAUACAGACUCAGUAGUAGGAGAUGAAAAUAAUAGUGCAUCUGCAGCAGCAAAACAUGCAGUAGUUUCCAUGAGAAAACGAAGUAAAGGUCAAGCAGGGAAGGAAGCAAAGACAGUACGUUCUCAUGAGCCAGAAAUUACUGGCAGUGAAAGUCCUCCAGCAGUUAAACUAGCUAAAUUUUCUUUCAGACGGAGGACAAAUCAUGAUCAUUCUUCUGAGAAGAAAAAUGCAGAAUUUUCCCUUUUUCCAAGUAAAAAUACUGUUAAACCAGGAGAGCAGCUCCAGGGAGAGCAGCUGCAAAAAAAUUGCUGCUCACCCGAGAAACACAAGAUGACACUGACUCGCUUAGGAAAAAAGAGUUUGGAAAAGCAAUCAGCUGGUAAUAAAGGGAAUGAAGAGCAGCUGAGUCAGGCCUUAGGGAAAGAGAUGGGAGGAAAUGCACUGCUGCGUUCUGAUGUCACACUUGAUGUGUCACCUCCACCCACUGAAAAAAGAAGAGAUGGAGAGGAGAAGCUUGGUGGUCCAAGCGCAGCGAGAGUGUGCUCCAGCACAUUAGAAAACCUCUCUAGGUUCUGCUUUGUGUCACGUCCUGACUCAAAAUCAGAAACUCCACCAACUGUCAAGACUGACACUAACAACAAGGAAAGCCACAGCCCAUCGCUGAAGGUGCCUGUGAGCAAUCCUAAUAAAAGGAAGAGUUUUGCAUUGGGAAACGCAAGUAAAGACAGUGCGGUCACCCGAAAAUCUCUCUUCUCAAUAGCAGAGCUGGAUGAUGCUGCAUUAGACUUUGACUGGGAUUAAGAGUGCUUUUUAUGAAUGGGAUUAAGAGGUUAGGAAAAACCCAAGUUUGUAACAUGUGUAUUCUCCAAAUUACUUAACACAUAGCUUUUCUGAACCUACAUCCUUCUGUUAAUUGUAUCAACAGUAUCCAUAGGUUACUAAAGCAUUUGAAAACAGUCUUGAAUGCCUGUUGAUACCAAUGAACAUACUUUAAGGGCUGCAUACUUUACAUCAGCCGAAGAUUGUGUAUACUACAGGCCUUACGUGGUUUUUCAUUUUCUGAACUCUUCCCGAGAAUGCUAAUGUGGAUUGACUGUUCUGAAUGAUCUGAUUUAACCCAAAGGCUCAAAUGUUUCAUAUAUCCAGAGUACAGCAGCAUUAGCAGAAAAGCAGGUUUAACUGUCCUUUUUUUCACGUAGCAGUUGGAACUAUGUGUGAUACAGAUCAUCCUUUUGAGUGACCGCGCUACUUUGGAAAAAUGAUGAUGCUGAAAGCUAUGUCAUUAUGUUUUGUUUCCCUAUAUAUGUUUGUUUUCAGCAUAGCUAGCUAUAUUGUGAUUUAUCAUCAUGCUGUGCUGAAUAUCCCCAUAUCAUCAAUAUCAUAACAACUUUGCUACAUAUCUGGCUACUGUGUUCCUUAUCACGCUGCUGAUGUUGAAGAUAUGUAUCUAGGGCUUUUCAUUUCCGAUUUUUUAAAAAUUAUUAUUUUAUUUCAGUUUUAAAUACAUUGAUUCAGAUGUUUGUAUCUGUAUUCUGGGUCAUUUUAUCAAAACCCAAUUCUGUAAUAAACAGGUAGUUCUUCAUGGCAGAGAGAACAAAUUUCAGGUAACUGGAACUUCUCCGCAAUCAGAGCAACUUUAAUGCAGGUGUUAAGCCCUGGCAUAUAAACUGCACUUCAGACCUAGCUUCAUGGUGAAUAGUUAACCUAGCACAACUUAAUUGUGCCUCAGAAAAUGGUUAAUUGACUAUUUAAAUUAUAAUUAGUGUUUCACUACUAGUUUACAUCAGUUUACAUCUGAUACGGUUUAUCUUCUGUGGCAUGCUGCAGUCCUAUGUAAUUCAUUUGUCUGAUUGGAAAUUAAUCUACUAGUGUAUUAUGUGUUUACAGAGAGAGGCAAGCCUUGAAUUUCCUUCCGUGACUUGUCAGGUAUGUUUCUUCUGUGUUUGAAUUCUCCACAGAAUAUUCUUGUUAUUACCUACAAGGUAAACAGAGAAUGAAAUGGUUGCUUAUGGCACAGUAAAUCCUUUGAGAGUCUUGCUAGUAGCACAAAGAAGGUCUUAUUUUUCUUGAUUUGUUUAAAAUUAGCUCCCUUGAAACUGGGUAAAUUAAAAUAGUGUAAAAUUUCAGGAAAUGAGAGGGAGUGGUAAGACCCAAGUAUUUCAGUGUGAUGCAGUGAAAUCAUGAAAACAGUAAUUGCAGUGGGUGACUUACUGCUAGGAGUUUGAGAAAUGACAGAGAUAUUGUUGUCCAUACUGACUGUAUAGUAGUACUCUGCUGGAAAUGAAAGAAAUGGACUUCAUCUACCUCUCUCCUAGAGCACAGAGCCACCCAGUGCUGCUCCUUCCCAAAGAGACAGGAUGAGGGUGCUCUGUGAUUAUGGCUGUAUUGCCCUUGAAAACAAAAUGUUUCCUACAGGAUACUAUGACUACACUGAAACUUGAUCAAGAAUCCAGGGUCAGAAAUCUUGAAUCAGAAAUCAGAAUUCUAAUUCUAAUGCUGUUAACAAUAAUGACGCUUUCCUCAUCUAGAAUAAUUUGAUAUAUAAAAUUCUGUUAACUGUUGAUCCAAAGAACUGUGGGAGUUCUGUGGGAGGCUGGUUGACUUCCAUCUCUCUGUGCUCUGGAAAUCAGAUCCCUGUUGAAAUCAGUAGAAUCAGAAUGACACAAAAUUGCACUUAUGGUCAGGGUUGGCGUCUUCUUCAUGUUCUCCAUGCUCAUGUUGUGUUUGGGAAGGUUCUUGUCUUUAUAUCCUGCUAAUAUCAAAUCUGUUGUGCUGUAAAAUCUGCCUGAGGGCCAGGAAAACUACAUAGUAAAUUAGGGUAACUGUACUUUUGGAAAAAGUGAGAUGCUUUGUAAUGCAGACAGCUACCUUGCUUACUAAUGGAACUUGUAUUCUAGAAGUAGGGAAAGCAAGAAGGUAAUACUAGUUCACUCCCAUACUUGCUGAGGCAAUGUGAGAACCUAAGACCAUUUUUGCAUUUCAGCACCUCUCUUUGGUAGAUUAAAAGUCAACACCUUUGAGCAUAUCAAAACAAAUCUGAUAAUGUCUGAGAGAAUCCACUGGAACAGGCUGCCCAGGGAGGUGGUGGAGUCUCCUUCUCUGGAGAUGUUCAAGACCUGCCUGGAUGCCUACCUGUGUGACCUGCUGUAGGGAACCUGCUUUGGCAGGGGGGUUGGACACGAUGAUCUCUGUGGAUCCCUUCCAACCCCUACAAUUCUGUGAUUCUGUGAAUUCUAGAUCACUUAAGACAUUUUAAUUGUUGACAAAGUUAGGCAGCCCUGAAAAGAGCAUGACUGAACCACUGUCUACCGUUUAGGUGUGUUUUAGGUAUCUAAAUCAAAAAAUCCUGGAAAAUUUAGGCAUACUGAAUCCUAUCAUUCUUUACAGUAUUUUAAUGGUUAGUCAUUUCGGAGGGACAAUAUUAAAUCAGUAAAGAGAGAAUUGUCUCUUGAAGUAAUUAGUGCAUUACUUUAUAAAAUGGAACUGUUUGUUUAUUGAGCCGAGUUUUUGAGAUCUGGGAAAUAUGCUUCUCCAUUAGUGUGACGUGAGAAAUUGGAAAAGCAAACCAAAAUGAAUCAAGAACAAGUUGUGCAAACUCCAGUGGCUCUGAGGUCGCUGCUUUUUAAUACCACUUUGACACCUGUGCUUUCCAGUUAGAAGCAAAGAGGAGGUGCAGGGGCGUUGCAGUCAGCUUUCAGAAAGGUCCGCCUUGUCUCCCUUAGC